AUGGAGGACGAACCGACUCAAAUCCUUCUCACCAGAGAACAGUUGGAGCGAAGUGUGGAACGCCUUAGCAAACCCCAUUCGCGUGAGGUGAAUUUGAAACCACUCUGCAAAUCCGUUCGACUCCCACAAGAGGCGAGGGAGCGCAGUAUUAAACAUCUUUACAAUGAUUCCAUGGAGCACAAGGAAAGACGGCUCCGUGAGAUUGAGCAAAGCCUCAAUGCAGAAAUAGAAAAGUACCACGCGGGGAAACCAAAGCUCGACUCGGCGGAUACGGAGGGUUUAGUAUCGCGUCUGUAUAAUGAAUCCAUUCAGCGAAAGAAUGAUAAUUUAAGACAGUUGUUUGAGCACCAGGUUUCCCUCUCACGCCCUAAAGAAAAGAAACUGAAAAAGGCAGAGCAGCAGGAGUUUGUUACACGCCUUUACCAAGGAGGUAUGGAACAUAACCGAAAGAAACAUAUUGCAUUAUUUGAGGAACAUGUCUUGGCGAGAGAACCAAAAAUGGCGCAGCGAAGUCCGGAGGAUCUCGAGAUUGCUUGUAGUAAACUAACAAGUGGCAAGAGUGUUACCGAUGACUAA